AUGGUAUACGAAGGAAAGCGGCUCGUCUCCUGCCAUUGUUUCUUCCUAUUAACAGCCAAAUUCUACUGGAUACUCAGUAUGAUGCAAAGAACUCAUGGCCAGGAAUAUGCCCACUCUAUUCGACUGGAUGGGGACAUCAUCUUGGGAGGACUGUUCCCUGUCCAUGCAAAAGGGGAUAGAGGGGUGCCUUGUGGGGAGCUGAAGAAGGAGAAGGGGAUCCACAGACUAGAGGCAAUGCUAUAUGCAAUAGAUCAGAUCAAUAAGGACCCCGAUCUUCUUGCCAAUAUCUCUUUAGGUGUCCGGAUCCUAGAUACUUGUUCCAGGGACACUUAUGCAUUGGAGCAGUCCUUAACGUUUGUGCAAGCUUUGAUAGAGAAAGAUGGUUCAGAUGUGAAAUGUGCUAAUGGAGACCCACCUAUUUUCACUAAGCCAGACAAGAUAUCAGGUGUAAUAGGUGCUGCUGCAAGUUCUGUAUCCAUCAUGGUUGCUAAUAUUUUAAGACUUUUUAAGAUACCUCAAAUCAGCUAUGCAUCUACAGCUCCAGAAUUAAGUGAUAACACCAGGUAUGACUUUUUCUCUCGAGUGGUUCCACCUGACUCAUAUCAAGCCCAAGCCAUGGUCGAUAUUGUGACAGCACUUGGAUGGAACUACGUGUCAACACUGGCUUCAGAGGGAAACUAUGGAGAGAGUGGUGUAGAAGCAUUUACUCAGAUCUCGAGGGAAAUUGGUGGCGUUUGCAUCGCUCAGUCGCUAAAAAUCCCCCGUGAACCAAGACUGGGAGAAUUUGACAAGAUCAUCAAGCGCUUGUUGGAAACUCCUAAUGCUCGAGCAGUGAUCAUGUUUGCAAACGAGGAUGAUAUUAGGCGAAUAUUAGAAGCAGCCAAAAAAACUAAUCAAACUGGACAUUUUCUUUGGAUUGGCUCAGAUAGUUGGGGGUCAAAAAUUUCACCUGUUUACCAACAGGAAGAGAUUGCAGAAGGAGCAGUCACCAUUCUGCCCAAAAGAGCUUCUAUCGAUGGAUUCGAUAGAUAUUUUCGGAGCCGUACCCUUGCUAAUAAUCGAAGAAAUGUGUGGUUUGCAGAAUUUUGGGAGGAGAAUUUUGGAUGCAAGUUAGGAUCACAUGGAAAAAGAAACAGCAAUAUCAAGAAAUGCACAGGCUUAGAAAGAAUUGCAAGAGAUUCAGCCUAUGAGCAAGAAGGAAAGGUCCAGUUUGUAAUUGAUGCUGUAUAUUCCAUGGCCUAUGCACUACAUAGCAUGCAUAAAGAGCUCUGUCCUGGAUAUAUUGGUCUGUGUCCAAGGAUGAGCACGAUUGAUGGUAAAGAGCUACUUAGUUAUAUCCGGGCUGUAAACUUUAACGGGAGUGCUGGAACGCCUGUUAUUUUCAAUGAAAAUGGAGAUGCACCUGGGCGCUAUGAUAUAUUUCAGUAUCAAAUGACCAACAAAAGUGCAGAAUACAAAGUAAUUGGUCACUGGACAAAUCAACUUCAUCUAACUGUAGAAGACAUGCAGUGGACUAGCAGAGAUCAUACUCAUCCAGCAUCUGUUUGCAGCCUGCCCUGUAAACCUGGGGAAAGAAAGAAAACAGUAAAGGGAGUGCCUUGCUGUUGGCACUGUGAACGCUGUGAAGGGUACCAUUACCAAGUGGAUGAGCUCACCUGUGAACUGUGCCCAUUUAAUAAGCGACCAAAUGCCAACCGCACAGAUUGCCAGCUUAUUCCAAUAAUCAAACUGGAAUGGCAUUCUCCCUGGGCCAUCGUGCCCGUGUUCAUAGCUAUUCUCGGAAUUAUUGCAACCACCUUUGUCAUCGUGACAUUUGUCCGCUACAAUGACACACCCAUCGUCAGGGCAUCUGGCCGCGAACUCAGCUACGUGCUAUUGACUGGGAUUUUUCUCUGUUACUCUAUCACUUUUUUAAUGAUCGCCGCUCCGGACACAGUGAUCUGCUCAUUUCGACGGCUCUUUUUAGGACUCGGCAUGUGCUUCAGUUACUCUGCCUUGCUCACAAAAACUAAUAGAAUCCACAGAAUAUUUGAGCAAGGUAAAAAAUCUGUCACAGCUCCAAAGUUUAUUAGCCCAGCUUCCCAGUUGGUGAUCACUUUCAGCCUCAUAUCCAUGCAGCUUCUUGGAGUCUUCAUCUGGUUUGCUGUUGAUCCACCACAUAUCGUAGUAGACUAUGGAGAGCAGAGGACACUUGAUCCAGAAAAUGCCAGGGGAGUUCUCAAAUGUGACAUUUCUGAUCUUUCUCUCAUUUGUUCCCUUGGAUACAGUAUUCUCUUGAUGGUCACAUGCACUGUGUAUGCUAUUAAAACAAGAGGGGUUCCAGAGACCUUCAAUGAAGCAAAACCCAUUGGAUUUACUAUGUACACCACCUGCAUAAUUUGGUUAGCUUUUAUUCCAAUCUUUUUUGGUACUGCGCAGUCCACAGAGAAGAUGUACAUCCAGACAACAACACUUACUGUCUCCAUGAGUUUAAGUGCUUCAGUAUCUCUGGGCAUGCUCUACAUGCCCAAGGUUUAUAUUAUCAUUUUUCAUCCAGAGCAGAAUGUUCAAAAACGGAAGAGGAGUUUCAAGGCUGUUGUGACAGCUGCCACAAUGCAAAGCAAACUGAUCCAAAAAGGAAACGACAGACCAAAUGGCGAGGUCAAAACUGAACUGUGUGAAAGUCUUGACACCAACAGUAAGUCAUCUGUAGACUUUCCCAUGGUCAAGAGUGGAAACACUUCCUAA